AUGACUGACCUCAAGGCCCAGUUCAACAAGAAGUGUGAGGAAGCCAAAGGUUCCCGUGAUCGCAUGAAGUACUACGCUGAGAAGUGCAUCCAAGCUCACAAUGAGGCUGAGAAGCGAAAGGCACUUGGGCGUCCAGGCAUUGACCCCAAGCUUGCUGCCAAGAAAAAGAAGAAGUCUACUGAAGCUGAACCUAAAGCUCCAAGGCAGGAACGACCAAGCAUUGUCUUCGCUGCCAGCAUGACUGGCUCAAAGCCAAAGGUCCCAUCAACAGCUUCAGAGAAGAAGAAGACAAGGCAAGUUGAGCCUGAAGCCAGGAAGAGGAAGCACCAUGACACCUCUGAAGCUGCUCCCUCUCAGAAGAAGUUGAAGACAAAGGCUUCAAAUUUUUCACGCAAAGAACGUGCUGCUGCCAAAGAGCCACUGAAUGUUGAACCCAUCUCUGUCGCACUUCCUGCCUCCACCAAUUGCGAGUGCCGUCUCGUUGUCCAUGAGCCUGCUUCCACAGAGGCUCCAGAGUCUAAAGAUAUUCCAGCUGCUGACUCCACCGCAGCUGAAGACAUGGGUCAAGAAGACUAUGUUGAAGAUGAUGAAGUCAUUCCUCAGCUCGAGCCCAAAUUGGUAUCAUCACCUGCUCCUAUGAGCAGUGAACUCAUAAGCAUUGGCCGUCCCAUGACGCCAAUUGCUCAAGAUGAAUUAUGGGAAGAGUAA